UAAUUUAGAAGAAUAUUUUUAAAAUAAUUUGAUAAAUUAUUUCAAGCGCUGAAAACUGUGAGUGUGAAUUUUAAAAAACUCCGUUGUAAGAUAGAAAAACGUUAUUGGACUUUUGCAAAAAAGGCGUGAAAUAUAGUUUUUAGUUUUGGAAAAAUAAGAAAUAUAUAAAAUAAAAUUUUCAAAGUACUGCUGAUUAAAACUAAAUAAAAUUCUAAUAAUUGUUAGAACAAAAAACCAAAAUGUUUGCGAAGCAUUUGCUGAAAGCUGGCAGAACGCUGCGAAGCAAUAGCUUGCCAGUUUUGCACAGCGCACCUCUGCGUCACGCUAGCAAGUCGCCGUUUGUCGACGGCGGCCCACAUUCUACCAUGAAUGACUUGCCCAUACCGGAAGGUGACUGGCAGGAGGCUUACUCCCGUAGAAAUUUUAAGAAUACUCUGGUAUUAUUGAUUGGCAUUGGCUCUUUUGUGACUUCCAUUUAUAUGCAUUUCACUGAUGAGGCUUUUAAUUGGAACUACAAGGUACCCGAUUAUGAUAGAUGCAGUUGAAGAGUGUGGAAUUAGAACCAAUUUAAAAAUAAAAAAUUAAAAAAUUUAAAUAUAUAAAUUCUUAAA